AUGGCAGCUUUCCAGCAGACAUCACUUGUUCUUGAAACCAAACGCGGCCCACUCGUGCUGCAGGACAGACCCGUGCCGGCUCCUGGUCAUGGAGAACUACUCGUUAAAGUACUGUCUGCCGGCCUCAACAACGUUGACUGGAAGAUCCAGACUCGCGGUCUCGAUUACAUCGAAUAUCCAGGGGUGCUAGGGUCCGAUGGCUCUGGUACGGUCGAGACACUUGGGGAUGGCGUCGCUCGCUUUCAGAAGGGAGACAAAGUAUUGUGGGAGCCCGCGUGGGCGUUCGUGAGCGGAGCGUAUCAGCAAUAUGCUAUUGUCAAAGCCGACCUGGCUGCGAAAGUCCCAGAAAACCUCACCCUCGAUGAAGCGGCAUCUGUACCCAUGAGCCUUUGUACCGCCUUUCUUGGGCUCUACAACCGGAGGUCUGCCGUCUGGGGAGGUGGAGCGGGGCUGAUUCCGUUCUGGGAAACACCCUCCGCAUAUUCCGCGAUGCCAUUCAUGGUCCUGGGUGGUUCCAGCUCAGUCGGAGAGUACGCCAUCCAGUUUGCCAGGCUUUCUGGAUUCUCUCCCAUUAUCGCGACAGCUUCCGACCGUCAUGUCGAACAUCUGAAGUCCAUCGGAGCAACGCAUGUCCUGUCGCGUUCGGCAUCCGUUGAAUCAUUGCUAGCUGAAGUUCACAGUAUCACCGAUGAACCACUUCAGGUGGUAUACGAUAGCAUCAGCACGCCCGAGACGCAGCAGGCGGGAUGGAAAUUACUUGCGCCGGGUGGUCAACUCGUCGUGACACUCGCUCCAGUUGCAGGCCUACCCAAUGACGAGAGCAAAGGCUUUGCCUGGGUGAAAGGGAAUGUCAAUUUUCCCGAUCAAAUCGAUAUCGGGCGACAAUUGUUCGCCAGACUUACGGGGCUUUUGGCCGAUGGAUCAAUCAAGCCUCAUCGCAUUCGUGUCAUCUCGGGAGGGCUCUCCGGCAUUGAAGGUGGUCUGAAACUUCUGCAGGAUGGUAAAGUCAGUGGCGCGAAGCUCAUCGUGCAUCCGCAAGAGGGGUUGUGAUUAUGAUGUUCGACGCAGCGCUGUAACUACGUAGUAUCGUCUUCGGCAUGACAAUGUCCC